AUGGAUCACAGCAUCCCGCAGCUCUGGCCACAGCAGCCAGCAGCCAGCAGCAAGUCUCGCUUCAUGAGCGGAUUUAGCCGGCAGGGGCAAGCCACGAGACGGCCGCUGACUUCUGCAGUUCUGAGACCAUGCUCGCCUUUGCUAUCAGAUGCCGCGUCGGGCUGUCUGCAGAGGUCACGCUCAGAGCCGCUUGCAUUCGCCGCGACUGCUAGUGCUGGAUUUGCUGGAUUUGCUGGAUUUGCUGGAUCCACUGGGUCCCGUGGCUUUGAGGCCAGGCCAGGCCUCUUCGGAGCAUCAAGGCCGAAAAGCAGAAGUUCUCCAACAGCAGGGGUCCUGCAGGAGAACACACGUGCGGAAAGUUGCGCGGCCGAGCUGGAGCGUGCUUUGAGGAAGGAUGCGUCUGGCACUGGAAGUAGUGCUCAGCAUGCUUCGGCUGAGCACGAUUGGCCAAAUGAAAUGGCAGAGGUCACCUUGCGAGACAAGUUCCAGGAGGACUGGGACUUGGAGGGGCUGUACCACGGCCGGCGUAUGUACAUGGUCGAGCUUUCCAAGUUUGGUUAUGGGAUCUCGAAGGAUGUGGCAACUAUGACGAGCAAGUUGGAAUACCUUGCAAAGCAUGCGCGCCUCGAGCACUUAUCUGAGAGCAGCAAGAAAGAAAGGGAGACGGAGCGAGCAAAGCUCGAGGAGAGGCGAAAUGAGAUCGAGCGCCGUGCUAGGCAGCGAGAGCACUUCUCGCGGGAUCCUCGCAAGAAUGUGGCCCUCAAAGUCGAGAACCGGAGGAAGUUCGGAUUUGAAAGUUGGAACUCCAUUUCAGACAGCAUCCCCAUUUGCGAGGUGGACGCUGGCUGGAAAAGUGGCAAGAAAGUUGGACUAGUGGAUGUUGCUGGCCUCAAAGCUCAAUGUAAGCUGAGAAGCGGCGGUGCUUCAUUGGAGGAGAUGCUGGCCAGGCAGCCACGUCGAAUGAAAGUCCGAUGA